AUGACCUGCGCCGCACCCCACGCUGCCCCAGGCCCUCUCCGGCUCCUGCGGGUGGCGCUGCUACUGCUGCUCGUGCUCCUGAUGGCCGCCGGCCGGCGCGCGGCAGGAGCGCCCGUGGUCUCUGAACUGCGCUGCCAGUGCUUGCAGACCCUGCAGGGAAUUCACCCCAAGAACAUCCGAAGUGUGAACCUGACGUUCCCUGGACCCCACUGCGCCCAAACCGAAGUCAUAGCCACACUCAAAAAUGGGCAGAAAGUGUGUCUCAACCCCGCAGCACCCAUGUUUCAGAAAAUCAUCAAAAAGAUGCUGAAUAGGUGA